GGGGUGGCUUGCUGAGUCUCCUCGGAGAAAAGGGAGCUGGAACGAGGGGGUGCCCAAUGGCGGCGCGCUGGGAAGUGGUGCGGAAGCCGAGCCGUCGGGGCCCAGGAGGCGGCGGCGGGCCCGGGGGGCGGAAAGCGCUGGGCGAGGCCAAUGGGGGCCGUGGUCUGGCCCCGCCCCUGCCUCUGGCGCCUUCAGAAACCCUCUAUGAGCUCGCCUUUGAGAAGACCAUGAAAAAGCAGAACAAAGAGCAGGUGCCACCACCCCCUGGGCAGCAGCCGCAACAGAAAAAGCAAAACUCGGGGAAGCCCGCCAAGAAAUCAUCAGCUGGAGAUUCGGGGCACAAACAAGGCCAAUUCCGAUCAUUGGAAGAUGCCCUGAAAGCGCUUGAUUUGUCAGAACUCCAGAAGGAGCUGGAUAAAAGCUUGAGCAUGUUCCCUGAGAAUCCUUCUGUAUGGGCCAAAGACCUAGCUGGAUACCUGAACUACAAGCUGCAGGCUCCUAGGAGCGACCCUGCACUUAGCCAGCACCCUCACGACUAUCCCUACUGUCUUGUGAACAAGGAGCUGAGGAGCAUAAUCAAGUCCCUGCUGUCGAAAUCCGGGGGCGUCCUGGAGCUUUUCUUUGACCACUGUAUUUACACAAUGUUGCAAGAGCUGGACAAGACGCCAGGGGAGUCACUGCACGGAUACAGGAUCUGCAUACAAGCAGUACUGUUGGACAGACCUAAAGUUGCCACCGUGAACCUGGGCAAGGUGAGCAGCUGGGUUCAUUCUCACAGGAACCGACCGGCCAAAUGUCUCACCAUCAUGUGGGCCUUGGGGCAAGCUGGAUUUACAGAUCUUACAGAGGGACUUAAAGUGUGGCUCAGCAUUAUGCUUCCCGUUCUUGGUAUCAAAUCGCUCUCCCCGUACGCCAUCGCCUACUUGGAUCGGCUGUUGAUGAUGCACCCCAACUUGACAAAAGGCUUUGGCAUGAUUGGACCCAAAGACUUCUUCCCUAUCUUGGACUUUGCCUUCAUGCCCAACAACUCCUUACCACCCAGCCUGCAGGAGCAGCUACGGCAGUCGUAUCCCCGCCUGAAAGUGCUGGCCUUUGGGGCAAAGCCGGAGACCACCCUGCACACGUACUUCCCUUCCUUCCUCUCCAGGACCACUCUCAACUGCCCGGAUGACAUGAAAAAGGAGCUGCUGAACUGCCUGACCGACUGCCUCAAGUUGGAUCCUCUCAGCUUCAGCGUCUGGAGACAGUUGUACAUCAAACACCUCUCACAGUCCAGCCUGCUCCUGAAUCACCUUUGCGAGUCCUGGGACAGCACCUCCAAAAAGAUGCGAAAGUCUUUGCAGGAAACCGUCCAUUCCUUUAAAGUCACAAACGAGGAGCUGGCCUUGAAAGGGCCGAACAGUGUUCAGGAUGUAGCCGCUUGCAGAUCCACCUGUAAGAACUUGCUGCUCAAGAUGAAAGGCAGUGGGUUCCCCUGGUUUCGGCUGCUGCUGGUUAUCCUGGUGUUUACCACAGGGUUUUUGAUGCAUGAUGUCAGAACUCAUGGCUCCUUCGAAGCUUCUGCCUCUGCUCAUGUCCUCCGCAAUUCUGGCAUCCUGUCUGCUUCUCAGCAAGCCUGGAACAAAGUUUCCCAUUACUCUUUCAAAGGAUACAGCUGGCUAGAAGCAAACGUGCCUCUCUACUAUUCGCACAUGGUGACCGUGCUGGGACCAAACCUGGAGCUAGUCUGGGCCAAGACUAAUGAGACCGCCGUGUACAUCUCUGGGAAGUGCUCUACUCAGCUAGCCUGGCUCGGAGACAACCUGCCCAGGCUCAUUGAAUGGCUCCAGACGCACCUUCCGGAUUCUGUGUUGUACCUGGCCGAGCACCUCAAGGAGCUGCUGCUCUUCCUCAUGCAGAACUACCUUCUGCCAGCCGUGGACUACGUUGCUGGGACGCUGGAGCAGGGCUGGGACCUCUGGGUGGCUUCUUGCAGUGGCGAAGGGUCCUGGGACUGCUUGAGAAGACAGCUGGCGAGCCUCACCCAUUCCUCUUGGAUGUACCUCCAGGACACAACCGUGGCCAUCAAGAACUGGGCCUUGGCCAUCAUCUCCGGCCACUGAGAUCCAGGAGUUGGGCGGGAGGUUUGGGUUACUGCUGGUGACUGACAGCGGAGUGUGCCAACUGCUUGUCCUUGGCGCUGUUCCUCAGGGGCGGGGGCGAUCCCCUGCUGUGAAGCCCUGCUCCGCCUGGGCCUUCCGGGCUCCGAACCCGCUGUGCUGGCAGGCCAGUUCUCCCCGUUCUCUGCUCAGGCCUUAGCUGCCCCCUUCUCGUUGGUCGGUCCUGUCGCUUAGCUGUUGGCUACAGGGUCGUGGUGUCGGCAACAGCUUUUGAGGCAGCAAUGCCCACCCCCAACCGAUUGUCCUUCGUGCUGCUUGAGGCUGGGGUGCAGGUCAAAAAGCCUUGCCUCUCUCCUACCUGAGUAAACUGUUCAGUGCCGUUAUCCCAGGGAAAUGGGUCACGGGGGGGGGGACAGUGAUCUUCCCUGCCAUUUUAUGCAUGGAGCCUCCCAUUCCUUGAACCCCCCUGCCCCCAUCCCUCUACUCCUGAAGAGUCAUUCCCAAGGUCCGGUGCUUGCUUGUGAUGCUCUCUUGCUAGUCUCCCCCCCAUCUCCUUGUCACCUGGGAAGAAGGGCUUCACGCACAGCAUCCCGGACUCCAGCCUGCCUGCUUCAACUGGCCAGCAACCCCCAUGCGGUAGAAGCAAGGAUUUUGAGCCUUUUCUUCUUCUCCCUCCAAGAGCUGCCUUUGACUUCUUGUGUACCCAGGAAAGAGGGGCCUGGCGGCUGAGGAUGGGUAAUUCUUCAGCCAUGUGAGUAGGAAUGAGAGCAAUGCAAAUUCCGUAGGGAAGGGAGAAGGCGGUUGCUCCCCUUCAUAGUGUUGGAGAGAAGCUUGUGAGUCCUGUAGGGGCAACUCUCCCGUCCUCCACAAGCACUUAGGGAAAUGGAACAAUUCUCACAAAUGAUGGAUGUGGGUGGGGAAUCCUGUUUUUAAUCGCAUUUUCUCAGUCCACUUUUAAAUUCUCCGUCUGCCUCUAAAUUAAACGUUGCCCUCCUGGAGGGAAGGUGGAAUGCUGCCGUGGUCGGUCCCAGGCGGAUUAGUCCGUGUGGGCAUGGCCUUGUGGCUGCCUCCACACUCUGGCGUGGAUACCGCUGGGUAUUCCUGUCCCCUCCUUGAAAUUAAUGUGUAGGGACCAAGUCAUGAUGGAUUUGCUUGGGGAAAUAACAGUUUGGAGGAAGCGUCUCUUAAAUUGUGUGGCACAUUCCUCCAUAGUGUCAUGUCAGGAUUGUCUGCUAACAGGCUGGGCCUGCGUUUCAGUGCACAUCAGGUGCUGCUUGCCCGGCCAGACUCAGGUGGAUGGGUGUUAGAGCAGGACUUGUGCGAAGCACAUUGUCUGCCCUUGUGGGCCUGGCCGCUGAUCAUGGGCUGUGCUCCUUGACUCAUUUGGAAUUCCAAAGGUAAUGGGACUAAGUCAUGACAGUUAUGUGACACUCCUGUCAUGUGCAAUAAAGGAAAAUCUCUUUGGUUACAAUCCUUGCUUUCAUGUUGUCUGUCUCUGCCCCUUGCAUCAGCCGGCCUCUUGGGCUGCACCACAUCCCCUUUUUACCCCCAUCAUCUUUCCGUACUGGAGCCACCACCCUUUCUUUCUUAAAACUGGCCCUAAAUCCUCUGUCCCUUCUUCACUGUCCUUUCAGAGGUUGGGUUGAUGCUCUUCCUCUAUUUCUCAUUCUGUGUGCAUGAAAUUUAUUCAGUCCACCUUUCUUGCCAAGACUCAAGGUGGAUUACAACCCCCCAAAAUGCAGUAAGAACAGUAUAAGACACAACUAUCAGAAUCAGAGAACGUUACACAGAAACACAUUACAAUACUGUAAAAGCAGGAACUGCAAGACUGCAAAACAAUGUAGUGGAACAUAAAAUAAACAGUAAUAAAACUGGAUGACAAAAAAUGUGCAGGCAUGGUGCUGUUCUGGGGGUUUUUUGCAUUAACUCACUGCCAAGGGGAGAGAUUUGUUGUGCAUUCUGACCUGACUUGGUUGUAAAAGAAGAGAUUGGAUUUAUA